AUGUCCCAAUACAUGUACACCAGCAUCGCCCCCUUACCUCCCGUCUUUUCUCGCAUCGAAUCGUCCAGGCCAAAGACUGCCGCCUCGCCCUCACCCUCCUCCUCCUCCUCCCUCUCCACUACCACCAUCACAACUGCCACCACCUCGGCCGCCGUCAAUACCAAGCCCGUGACCGACUCAGCAACCUCACCCACCUCCUCAACGUCCGCCGCGACACCGCCUACGCCGUCGUCGUCGACCUUCCCCUCUACCGCCAAGUCGGCAGGCUCCCAUCACCCGCCGUUGUCGAGGUUAAAUUACCGCAACUUCAGUCAACGCCACCCGUCGGUCCGCCUGCAGCAUAUCCGCACCUCCUCGUCGUCCUCCGCGUCCCGUUCAUCCCACGAGACCUCGACGACGACUCCCACCUCGACCGGCUCCUUCAUCCCGCAGGCUGCCUCUCCCACGGACAGUCGCACUCCCGCGUCGCCAACGUCGCCAAAGAGGUCCAAGCACAAGCACCACCACUCGCUCCAAAACGCACACGGCGCCGCCGCCGAUCGUCCUUCCCACACACGAGCGCCACCGCGCCUCCGCAAGGAAAGCGGCAGCCUGAGCUCCUACGCAAGAUUGGCCUUCCAACCCCCAUCCUCACCCCGCGUCGGCCUCACCCUUAAUGAGUUGAAACAUGUCGCCAUGCUCGUCGACACGGACUCCUCCGGCCGUCACCUCGCCGCCCCAAAGGCCAGCGGACUUCCCUUCUCCCGUACCGAAAGCCUGUCGUCGGCCGCUCCCUCAACGACCUCGCUGUCUGCUCGGACAAUGACAUCGUCUGACCCCACAUUCUCCUUCGACGCCUCCCGCCCCUAUGCAUUGCGGAAUGGCCGCACCUACCUUUCCGACCCGUCACUGGCCUACCCGCUGCCUGUCGACCUACAAGAGAUUCACCGCCAGUCACUGCGCACGUUGAUGCUGACACAAGUGUUCGGGGCUCCUAUCUGCUCCAACUCCUUCUCCGAGAGUCCGCCGGGCCGCGUCCUCGAGGUCGCCUGCGGCUCGGGCUUCUGGAGCCAGUCGUGCCACCAGUACUUUGCCCAACGGGGCCACUCGGACAUCGAGUUCACCGGAAUGGACAUUGCGCCCAUGGGCGCCAACGCGGGCGACGUGUCCCGCGAGAUGAAGUGGAACUUUGUGCAGCACGACAUGCGUCACUUCCCAUGGCCUUUUGCCGACGGCGAGUUCGACCUGGUCAUGGUGAAGGACCUGAGCUUGGUGGUGACGUCGCCGCACUCGCUACAGGCCGCCAUUGAGGAAUACCACCGCAUCCUGCGGCCCGGCGGCACCGUCGAGUUCUGGGACAGCGACCACCAGAUUCGAAUGCUGCGCCCUCACGCCGGGCCGCAGUCCAGCGAGUCGGAGGAAACGGGCUCUGUCGCGGCCCUCGGCGCGUACCCCAUCUCGGGCAAGACGCCGCUCAGCGCGCCCCUGAACAAUUUCCUUGUAGAGUACAACGGCUGGGUCCACCGCGCGCUCGAGGCCCGCAACCUCAGCCCCGUGCCUUGCACUCUCAUCGGCCCGAUGCUGCUCCAGGAAUCGGAGGAGCUGACGGAUAUACACAAUAAGCGCCUGGCGAUCCCGCUGUCUGAAGUCCGCUGGGAGCGCGAGGGCGUCGGCGGUGUCGUCACCAAGGACGGCAAGUCCUUCAUCAAGUCGGGUAAAGGCAAGGGCAAGGACAGAGACAGGCCCGACGAGCAGAAGAAGACGUUGACGGAAGCCCAGACGGCGCUCCGGCGCACGGCCUUGAUGACCGUCGUGCAGCAGAUCCAGAGCCUGGAGCCGAUCCUGCGCGAGGUCAGCGGCAAGAGCCAGGACGAGUGGGACGGCUGGAUGGGCAAGAUGAUGAACGACCUCAUGAGGGAAAACGGGACGAGCUGGGGCGAGUGUUUGGAGGUCGGUGCCUGGUGGGCACGCAAGAGGGAGCGGUGA